AUGUCCAACAGAACUACAGCACAUGGACCUGAAGAACAUCAUAAAUUAAUAGUUGAUUCAGCUUCCAUCGCCGCUCCGCAACCUCAUGAUUCACAACAACGUAAAGCAUAUCUCCAUUCGAAAAGCGCAACAAAUUAUGCAUUUAAAGUACAAAUAGCUUGUGACUUUAAUCAUCGAAUAGUACAUGUAUCCGAAUGUUAUCGUGGAAGUAUACAUGAUAUUACAAUUCUAAGAGAGUCAGGUCUAUUAGAACGUGUAGACAACUCUGUGCAAAUUAUUGCCGACAAAGGAUAUGUUGGUGAAGAUUAUGUAGUAACCCCAAGAAGGAAACCACAUGGUCGUGAAUUAGCAGAUGAAGACAAAGAUUUUAAUCGUGUUAUUAAUAGUGCAAGAGCAGCUGUGGAAAAUGUUAAUCAACGUCUUAAAACUUAUGUAAUUCUUGGUGGUGUGUACAGAGGAGCUAUUGAUGAUUUUGAUAAGACUACCAAGAUCGCACAGGUCGUUUGUGCUUUAUGUAAUCUAAAUUUAAGUAAACAUCCUAUUCGCAAAUAG